AUGUCCAUCGUUAGUGAAAGCAAGUUGGGAGUCGACUAUGUCACGGUCAACUCAACCUUCGGCCCCGUCAAAGGAUUCAUCAACAGAGACUACCCAAACGUCGCCCAAUUCCUCGGCAUACCCUUCGCCGAACCGCCGAUAGGGCCGCGCCGGUGGUUACCGCCAACGCCGAAGGCUCCGGUCGACAGCAUUGAUGCCACGAAGUUUGGAUACUCGUGCCCUCAACAGCUUGGAGGCAGGCCAUCAGUCUAUAACACGGAUGUGACUGAACACCAGAUCCGAGACGAGACUUCCGAGGAUUGUCUCUCUCUUUGCAUUUGGGCACCCAAAGAUGCGGUCAAGGAGGGAUCUAAGACGAAACUCCCUGUCAUAGUCUUCAUCACGGGUGGCGCGUUUCUCGUCGGCGGCUCUACGAUUCCUUAUCAGAAUCCAACGCCCUGGAUCGAGAACAGCAAACGCCACAUUGUUGUCAGCAUUAAUUAUCGCCUGAACGUCUUCGGCUUUCCCAACGCCGCAGGACUCAGCCCUAAUGAACGCAAUCUAGGAUUUCUAGACCAGCGGCUCGGGCUGGAAUGGGUACACCAGCACAUCGCCUCCUUCGGCGGUGAUCCAGCGCGAAUGACGCAUUUCGGACAAUCAGCAGGCGCCCGCAGCAUCGACUGCCACGCGUUCCUCCACCCGGACAAACCCCUGGUGCGAAACCUCAUUCUCCAUUCCGGGUGUGCACUCCCUCCGCUCCCAGUGGGCGACCCAGAAUGUACACACUUCAGCGCUCUCGCCAAGGCACUCGGUUUCCCGGGCGGUGAUGCCGCGGCAGAGCUGGAGUUUAUGGGACAACAACCUCCGCAAGUGCUACUCGAGGCUAUUCAGCAUCACUGGGCUACUGAGGAGAGGCCUUUUCUGAGCUUUCGGCCUGUAGUAGACAACUUUACUAUGUUCGAUGAUUAUGAAGACAGAGCCAAGGCAGGAAACUUCAGUAAACUGCCGGCGAUUUGUGGAACCAUGAACGACGAAGGGAAUUCGGUAGCUGUGUAUCAUCCCGACGGGGCUGAUCCUUUUUGGGCGGAAAAUAUUACAAAAAACUACUUCUUGGGACCUAUGGUGGCCAUGGCGCGAACACGCUCAGCUCAUGCUCCCACGUUCCGCUUCUUGCUCAAAGACUUUGCACCUACUGGUACCAGCUCAUUCUCCAAUAUUAGUCCGCGACCAUGGCUGCGAGCCUACCACAGCUCAGACAUGCCUUUGAUCUUCGGAACACACGACUGGGCUCGUGGCCCCUCUACGCCGUUGGAAGAGAAGGUCGCGCGUGCAUGGCAAGAUCUGUAUGUUACUUUUGCUGAAGAUGGGCCGGAUGGGUUGCGGAGAAUGGGAUGGAGUGACAUGAGUGAAGGUGUGGGAAUCGUGCUAGGUGGUGGUGAGAAGGGUUGGGAGAUUGUCAGCCUGGAAGAGGUUGACAACAUGUGA